AUGACACGCCGUGGGCAGUGUGGGCGGAAGGGUCGUGUCCGGGGUUGGCGUGGGGCGCUGGGGAGCUCCAGCGAGGCGCUGUGCGAGCUCAGCAGUGCCAGGCAGGGAAGCGGCGGCUUUUACCCCGCCCCGGGUUUUUCGACUGCUCCUGCCUCUCCGUUCUUGGGGCUUCAGGUGGUCCCUCAGGGGACGUCUAUGCUAUACAAGUCCAUUAUCGAAGAUGUGAUUGAAGGUGUGAGGGAACUUUUUGCAGAAGAGGGUGUAGAGGAACAGGUUCUGAAAGACUUGAAACAGCUUUGGGAAACCAAGGUGACAGAGUCUAAAGCAACAGAAGGCUUCUUCAGGCAUGGCCACUGUUCUCCACAGUUCACCCUGCAGCUGCCACACAGUUUUCACACUGUUCUGCAGGCUUCAGCAGCUUCUUUUGUCAUCCCAGCUGGCAGAGAUUUUCAGCAUUUCACAGCUGCAGAACUGGGGCCCUCACAAGCAGGGACAACUCUUACUCUCCCUUCGGCUGUUGCUUAUCCCAUACACCUGCCAGCUGGAGUGACACUGCAGGCAGCACCAGGGCAACUUUAUAAAGUAAAUGUGCCUGUGAUGGUUACACAAGCCUCAGGAGACAGCAGCAUUCUACACCCUCCUGUGCAGCAGAUAAUUCAUCCCCUUGGGCAACCUUCAGUUCUACAAGCCAGCAUUGCUAGUGUUGCACAGGUGAAUGCACCUUCUUUCCAGGCAGCUGGUGAAACAUCGCAACCCCAGGAGGCUGCUGUCCAACAGACUAUAGUGUUUAAACCAAACAUUGUGGAAAAAAAAGCCCUGGGGAACUCUGCUACAUUGGUCCAGCAGCCUCCUGCGAGUCAGCAGGAACUUGCAACUAAUGCGGUGUUGAAUCAGUGUGCAGACUCCACAGAAAACUCCCAGCACGACAAUCUUCACACAGCUGUGUUUACUCCAGAAUCCUCUGUAGGACUUUUUCUCGAUGAAUCCUUGGCAAACAACUCGAGCAGUGUACUGCUGGAUGUGGAGGGGCAGUUGGACAUGGAGCCUCCGGAGCUGGUGCAGCAGCAGGUGUCUGAUGAUAUCAUUGACCUGAUUAUAGCGAGUGAAAGUUUGGAUGACACCGCAUUCCUGAACGGUCAGGGCAGCAUUGCUUCCUCUGACAAGAUGGGAUGUAACUUCCGGUCGGAGAAGGAUAACUGCAACAACAUUGAAGGCAUAAUCCAGCUGGAUGGUACUGGUGAUGUUUCUUCCAAGGAAGAAAUAGCACAUACAAAAGAUAAGGAAGAGAAUGAAUUAAUUGGAAUUAUUGAAUCAGAAGAUCUAAAAGUUCUGGAUGAUGAGGAAGACUAUGAUGAAGAAUGUGACAGCACUUCAAAUAUGGAGUCUAGCUGCAGUGGUGGUGAUAAUGAAGACCUCCAAAUAGAUAUAGUUGAGGAGGACCCCUUAAACUCUGGUGAUGAUGUCAGUGAACAGGACAUUCCAGACUUAUUUGACACCGACAAUGUGAUAGUUUGUCAGUAUGACAAGAUACAUCGAACUAAGAACAAAUGGAAGUUCUUCUUAAAAGACGGAGUGAUGUCCUUUGAGGGUAAAGACCAUGUUUUUGCAAAAGCCAUUGGAGAUGCUGAGUGGUGAAACCUCACUGAAGCAUGUACUUUCAGACUGUGGCAUUAUUCCCUUAGGAACCUUCUGUUGUGAAACAACUGGAGUUUCUACAGAGUUUGCCAUAAAGCAACAAAGCUAUGAUUAAAAAAUAUGCAAAAUCUUUGUUGUUAAUACAUGCUCACUAAAACACUGUAUUGUUAGCUACUCAGCUGUCUUUGUUGUUCUUUUCUGACUAUUUCAUCACUUUUCCAACCAAGAAACAUCAAUAGAAUGAUUAGCUUUAAAGUUUGAAAUGUUGUAUAUGU